AUGCAAAUCCCUCCAGCUGCCGCCAGUCUUGCACUGCUCCGCCAGCCUGUGCAGGGCGUCGCACAGUGUGGGCAGCAUGGUGAGAAAGACCUUGGCGCACUUCUCACCUUCUUCAUCGGUGAACGUCUGCCCGGCGUAGGCGGAGACGUACGCACAUGUGAACUCGUCGGCGAACUUUGUGAGCCCCUCCACCAGGCCGUCCAGCACGGGGGUAGAGGGCUUGGCGAAGCUCUCAGGUCGCAGGUGACUCAGCGCUUCGGUGAGUUUGCGGAGCAGCGCUCGGAGUCUGUGGUCGAAGGUAUCGUUGUCCUUGAUGUCACUGUCGAUCUCCCACGGCAACUCCCGCAGCUCCUCUCCCACCUUCUGGGCGAACAACUUCAAAAGCUCCUUGAUGUUGGCGGCGCACUGCUGCUUGGCGAAGGCUGUGAUGUCGUCGAUUGCAGUGGCCACUUGGCCGUCGACGAACGCGUGGAGGAAAGCAAUGCAUUCCCUUCCGAACUUGUCGGCCUCCCUGUCAAUGAACUCCUUGCAGGCCUGAAUUGGCCCACUCACCAGACGGAUCUGCAGGUUGUGCAAUUGGUCUUUUAUUCCAGUCAACUCAUCAAGGCUGUCACCUUUCAGACGCUUUAA